GCCAACCUAGUCGAGCCCGACGAGAACUUAAAGCGUCUCUGUCACCGAGAAAAAUUCGUUGCGAAGGGAAUUUUAGCAUUUGUGGAUAAACCCCAAUAUGCAACUUCUCCUUCCAAAACCCUAGGCUCCCGCUUCAGCCUCCAAAUCUUAAUCCUAAGCACAGUUGGUGAGUCCGAUAACCUUCACCAUUCUCACUUCUUUCUGUCUAUUACAUUUUCUUUUCUCCUCUGCUUUCUUUUUUCACCUGAACUUUUUUCUUUUCUUUGAUUUUUAUGUAAUUUUCUCUUGUAAUACCCAUAAGUUGCUCAAAAUGAAACCUGAACUCAUGGUCUCUUCUCCAUCGACUUCUUCACCUUUGUUUAUCUCAUACAAGUAUCCUUUUCUUCAAAAGCCGAAAGUAUCUGUGAAAUCCCAUUUUUCCUUAUCAACCAUGAAGGCCGAGAAGUCACGGUUUUGGGGCGAAAGUUUGGUUUUGCAACAGACCAACGUUAUUUCUGAUAACCUGAGAAAAAUCCAUGCUCCAUUUGGACCUGUAAGAGCUGCUGUGAAAAGAAGGAAAGAGCUUCCCUUUGACAACGUGAUCCAAAGGGACAAAAAACUGAAGUUGGUGUUGAAGAUAAGGAAGAUUCUAGUGAGUCAACCUGAUAGAAUUAUGUCUCUUAGAGAGCUAGGGAAGUAUAGAAGAGAUUUGGGUCUUGACAAGAAGCGGCGAUUUAUAGCUUUGUUGAAGAAUUUCCCAGCGGUGUUCGAAAUUAUGGAAGAAGGGGCGUAUUUAUUAAAAUUCAAAUUAACGCCAGAAGCGGAAAGACUUUAUAUGGAGGAGAUGAGGAUUAGGAAUGAGAUGGAAGAUUUGUUGGUUGUCAAGUUGAGGAAACUGUUGAUGAUGUCGUUGGAGAAGCGAAUUUUUUUGGAGAAGAUUGCCCAUUUGAGGACUGAUUUUGGUCUUCCGCUUGAGUUUCGUGACACAAUUUGUCAUAGAUAUCCACAAUAUUUUAAAGUUGUUCCGACCGCAAGGGGUCCUGCAUUAGAAUUAACUCAUUGGGAUCCUGACCUUGCAGUUUCAGCAGCUGAGUUAUCUGCGGAAGAAAAUAGAUUAAGAGAGCUAGAAGAGAAGGAUUUGAUUAUUGAUAGGCCUCUCAAGUUCAAUAGAGUAAGGCUACCCAAGGGCCUUAAUCUUUCCAAGGGUGAGAUGAGGAGGAUAGGCCAGUUUAGAGAAAUUCCUUACAUCUCGCCUUACUCUGAUUUCUCGGCACUCAGGUCGGGUACACGUGAGAAAGAGAAACAUGCAUGUGGAGUUAUUCAUGAGAUUUUGAGCCUCACGCUUGAGAAGAGAACUCUUGUCGAUCACCUCACUCAUUUCAGAGAGGAGUUUAGGUUUUCUCAGCAGCUGAGAGGGGUGCUGAUAAGGCACCCGGAUAUGUUUUAUGUUUCCUUGAAAGGGGAUAGAGAUUCUGUUUUCCUCAGGGAAGCGUAUCGGGAUUCACAACUGAUAGAUAAGGAUCGUUUGCUGCUCAUUAAAGAGAAACUCCGUUCUCUUGUUGCUGUUCCUCGAUUUAGGGGUUCUCGGAAAACAGGUGCAGAUAUGGAAGAAGGAAUUGAUAAGCCAAGAUAUGGAAGUGAUGAAGAGGGAGAAGAGUUGUCUGAUAUUGAUAAUUUAAUGAGUGAUGCUGGGUUUGAUGACGAAGACAAUGAUGGAGAUUAUGACGAUUGGAGUGAUGAAGAUGAUGACACGCCUCCGAACUUUGAUGAAGAUGUUGGAUCUAUGAGGACUGGAGAGAACAAUAAGAUUAAACAAGUGGGCGACUCAGCAAAAACUGAUGAGAAGGAGCUUUCUCUAGAGUUCCCUGAUGGUCGGCCUAGAGAACGCUGGUAAAUUUGAUAGAAGCCUGCUGUUUCUUUUGAAGGCCCCAACCCAGAGAGAUUCAAUUUUUUUUUUAUAAGUGCCCAGAGAAAUUCUCUGAGCGGGCUUUCUGCUUUUCUCUUGUACUGAUAUAAUACAAGCAGUGCUUGGUCAUCAUUCAAAGAUAACGUGCAAUCUCCUGCUUUGCAAGGCUCUGCAUUCAAGGCCUGGACCUCCUUCCCUACAUCUAUGGUUCAUGGCAUUGCUGACGCAGGGUCAUAAACUACAGGUUUCAUAUUCAUCUCUGCCUUUAUGUAACAGAUUUAUUGAUUAUCCCCAUUGAUAAGUCUAAGUGGCCAUUUCCUCA